CUGAUUUUACCUUACAUCAAAGUUGAUGAAUAGAUGGACCACAAAAUUAAUUAGAAAAAUGUUCCACUUAUGAUAGUAUGCUCAUCAAUCCACAUAACGUUAAUUGUACCGUUGAAGAGGUGACAAUAAACAACUCUCUGCAAAUCUUUCAUCUUACAUCAUCUUGGUUUCUGAUUCCAACAUUCUUCAUAGGUCACCAUCAUCAAUAUAAUAAGCAAAAUAAUAAUUGAACAAUUUCAAAAGUGUACUGUAAUCAAUUUUGUUGAAUGUCCAAAGGCCUUGUAAAAGGAGACGAUAUUGGUGUUAAUAAUUCGAUUAACGAAUCAAUAGAAAACAGAUAUCACUAACUGUUACUGAAGAACCUCUCACUCAGCCGAUAUGGCAUCCUCGUUUUGGGGUCAGUGCAUGCCAAGUACAACUGGAUCCCAAGUUCAACAACAAACAAUGUUGAAGGAACUAGAAGUGCCUAUAAUAGAGACAGAUCAAGAAUUUCUACAGGGCUUGCUGAGAAAAACAGAAUCUAAUCCAGACCUUGAAGUAAUCAAUGUUGAAGCGACUCCUUGCACUUCUGUAGAUGACAACUAUUUGUCUUCCGCUACCACGGUGGUUGUGACUGGAAGGACAAAAUCGGCCCACACAUUCAAAAAAUUGCUAUUGAUCAAAAGACAUCCAGCCAACAAUACAAGACGACAUGUUUUCAGGUGUGAUCCAGCGUUUAAAAACGAAGCUGCGGCCUUUGGUAAAGUGAUACCGGCGUUGGCAGAGUUCUCGAAAUGCGAGCUGCCAUUCCCGUCAUGUUUGCAUGCAACAAGCCAACGAAUUGUACUUCAAGAUAUUCAAUCACAUGGAUUUACAAUGGGAAACAAGCAAAAGGGUUUAGACCUCCACCAUUCGAAACUAGUUAUGAAGGAACUUGGGAGAUUUCACGGCAUUUCUUUAGCGAUGAAGUGCUCUAACAAGUCUGCAUUCGAGGGGACAAAGUCAAACAUCCAAGAGUUAAUUUUUGUCCCCGAAGCACACCCUAUUUUCAGUGCUUCCCUGGAAAACGCACUGAAAAUGGCUCUAAUGAGUCUCGAAGUUUACAAAGGAAUUACAGAUGUGGCGAUUGUCGAAGCAGUUCAUAAACUUAGAAUGCUUAAAGGGACCGUCUUCCAGCGUAUGCAAGCCCUGGUUAAGCCUUCUGAACCUCUAUCUGUGAUAUGCCAUGGAGACUUUUGGAUCAACAACCUCCUUUUCAGGUACAACGGUGAAAUAGCAGAAGAAGUCAAGUUCGUCGACCUUCAAGUAGUGAGGUACGCAUCUCUUUCAACCGACAUACUUCACUUCUUAACAACAAGCACCGAACCAGAAGUGUCAACCGAUUACAGGGACGAAUUGGUUCAGACUUACCACAAAUCACUGUGCCAAGUUUUGGAAGAGCUGGCACCAGGUGCACUCCACGUCUCAUUAGGAGAUAUAUACAACCAGAUCGAAAUCCACGCACUGUACGGCCUCCUUAUAGGCUUUCUCCUUCUGCCUGCAAUCACCGCUGAGAACAAGCUCGCCAGCAACGAGAACUUCGACAGCGCCGUGAGAUCUCUUACUCCCAAGUACUACAAGAAAGUCCGAGACCUUGUCUUAGACUUCAUAGACCGAGGUUUCAUAUAGUUUGCAUACAGCAACUAGCAUAAUGUAACAUAAGAAUAUGAUGUAAUAUCUGCGUGUGCUUACAGCGGUGUAAUAAGUCGCACUGUUAUUGCCGAGAAUUCAUUCAUUCAUUCAUAUUAUUUUUAACCUGAAUUAAUAAAUUUGUUACUAAUAUUUAUUAUAAGGUCUUACCAUUCCAAUAUCUUUUUUAAAAUAAAACUACUAGUCGACAAAUAUACAGAUACUUAACGUAAUUAAUAUUGAAGCAAUGCGUUCUUUAUCUUUAUUAGUUAAUCUUUAUUAAUGUCGAUACUUUAUUACAAUUUGCUCUUUUUUGUACAUGUAACGUGAUAUAUAAAAAAAUAUGUACUUAUCUAAAUUCACUUUUUUGCUUAAUAAUGUUUUCUUUGUGUUGUCUAAAACAUAAAGAUUUUUGUAAUUUUUUUACACAAUUUCUGUCUGAUAAACCAUAAU